AUGGUUGGACCACAAGUCACCUUAGAGAAAAUCUCUCGACUUGAAACAAGAAGUUCUGCUAUGGACAUUGAUCUCAUUGGGAUCGCCAAGAACAACAAUGAAAGAUCAGCCGCUGUGGCUUUCAUGAGCUACAACACGAUGGAGAAUCUACUGAAGCCAGACUUCUUCUACACACCAAAGGACACGAUUAAAACCAUGAUGUCCACUGUGAUCUCAGCUACUCUUCCCAAAACCACCAACACUAAACUAACCAAACCAGUCAACUUCACCCUCAGACACAUCAGAGAGUUUGAUCCCAGCGGUUCUCUGUUCUGUGUGUACUGGAAUAUUAGCGAGUGGAUUGUAGAUGGUUGUUCUGUUUUAAAAAACCACACCACCAGCAGCUACACUGUGUGUUCCUGUGAUCAUCUGUCCACAUUCGCUCUCAUCAUGCAAACCAGCCGCCGUCAGUCAGAGGUACAGAACAUUUCUAGUGAACACUGA